AUGUAUGAUGCAUCGCGAUGUCUUUCCAGCACGUUCCUCGAUCCAAUACCCGAGUACUCUCGAGACCGUACGUUACUGGCCAACGCGGGCGCCGAAAGUGGCGGCACAGAGGGCAGCUCAUCAAAGAUAAAACCGGAUAACGCUGGACCAUCGGCUGGACUCAUUGGGAAUGCAACAUUCCAAUCUUUUGAUGCCUCACGUGCCUUGCGGUGUCGGUAUGGCCAGUCUUGUUACGACCCGCACCCAAUACGGAACGGAACCGCCCUUUCCCCAGCAACCUCGACUUCUGUGACCUGUAAUCCUCAGGACGAUGAGCGUUGUACAUUCGAAGGCGAGAUAGACAAUUGGAUCAACACAUUCCAAACGCAAGCGGUGGCCAGUGCGGUGAUGUGCCUAACGUUCCACGUGCCAACACAGAUAUGGACCGGUCGAAUGUGGACGAUGGCAUGCCCAGGACUCGAGGCACAGCACAGUUCCGCUCCUGAUGGCUGGUGCCUCUGUUGUGAAAAAAUCAAGAACAGAAAAGUAUGGUUGAGAAAUGGCGCUCUAAUACGAUUGGAUAUUCAACGAGAGCCUCAUGAGCAUUUCAAGCUGAUCACGGAGUCUACGAUCAGGCUGGAUGUCAUACAAACCGGGUGCCAUCACUUUGCCAAAACCUUGGCCCUCCUGAGCUGGAGGGCUGAAACUGGGUCAAUCGAGAUUGAAGGAAAGAUGAAGCCCUUUGCCCAAUGUGGUAACAUCGACCAUCGGUGCUAUCGCACAGGUUUCUCAAACUUUGGGUAUCACGGCACGUAA